AUGUCUGCCUCCGCACGAAUUCCUCCCAUCGCCCUGCCCUUCGUUAGCGAGCGGGCCAGAAAGACUCUCGACCUGGUCGAAGAGUUCGUCGAGAAAGAAUGUGUCCCUGCCGAGGCUGUCUUCUCCGCCCAGCUUGGCGAGGGCGAGCAGCGAUGGAAGACCACACCCGUCGUCAUGGAGCAGCUGAAGGAGAAGGCUAAGAAGCUGGGUCUGUGGAAUAUGUUCCUGGCCAAGAGCCAUUUCAAGCAGGGCGCUGGAUACAGUAACCUGGAGUAUGGAUUGAUGGCCGAGUUGCUGGGAAAGAGCAAGAUUGCCUCCGAGGCCACCAAUAACGCUGCCCCCGACACCGGUAACAUGGAGGUGCUGGCCAAGUACGGCAACGAGGCCCAGAAGCAGCAGUGGCUGGCUCCCCUGCUGGAGGGCAAGAUUCGCUCUGCAUUCCUUAUGACAGAGCCAGAUGUUGCAUCAAGUGAUGCGACCAACAUCGAGCUCAGCAUCCGCCGCGAAGGCAGCGAAUACGUGCUCAACGGCUCCAAAUGGUGGUCCUCCGGCGCCGGCGACCCCCGCUGCAAGAUCUACCUCGUAAUGGGCAAAUCCGACCCCUCAAACCCCGACACCUACAAGCAACAAUCCGUCGUCCUGGUACCAGCCGGUCUCCCCGGCAUCUCCGUCAACCGCAUGCUCCACGUCUACGGCUACGACGACGCGCCCCACGGCCACGGCCACAUCACAUUCACGAACGUCCGCGUCCCCAUCUCCAGCAUGGUCCUCGGCGAAGGCCGCGGCUUCGAAAUCAUCCAGGGCCGUCUCGGACCCGGCCGUAUCCACCACUGCAUGCGCACGAUCGGCGCAGCUGAGAAGGCUCUCGAGUGGCUCAUUGCGCGCGUCAACGACGAGCGCAAGAAGACCUUCGGCCAGGCUCUAUCCUCGCACGGCGUGAUCCUGGAGUGGAUUGCCAAGUCCCGGAUUGAGGUCGAUGCUGCGCGGUUGGUUGUGCUUAACGCGGCUAUCAAGAUUGAUCAGGGCGAUGCGAAGGCCGCGCUGAAGGAGAUUGCUGAGGCCAAGGUGCUUGUGCCGCAGACUGCGUUGACGAUUAUUGAUCGGGCGGUGCAGGCUUAUGGUGCUGCGGGUGUGUGUCAGGAUACGCCGCUGGCGUACUUGUGGGCGGGGAUUCGCACGUUGCGCAUUGCUGAUGGGCCGGAUGAGGUGCAUUUGCAGCAGCUGGGUAAGAGGGAGAAUAAGACGCGCAAGGAUGCUGUUACUGCUAAGUUGAAGUGGCAGCAGCAGGAGUCGGAUCGGUUGCUUAUUGCUUCUGGGUUCAAGGCGAAGAGUCACCUGUAG